AUGUCUGGCCGUGGGAAACAAGGUGGAAAGGCUCGUGCCAAGGCCAAGACCCGCUCUUCUCGGGCUGGGCUGCAGUUCCCCGUGGGCCGAGUGCACCGCCUGCUCCGCAAGGGCAACUACGCCGAGCGGGUCGGGGCCGGCGCGCCGGUGUACCUGGCGGCGGUGCUGGAGUACCUGACGGCCGAGAUCCUGGAGCUGGCGGGCAACGCGGCCCGCGACAACAAGAAGACGCGCAUCAUCCCGCGCCACCUGCAGCUGGCCAUCCGCAACGACGAGGAGCUCAACAAGCUCCUGGGGCGCGUGACUAUCGCGCAGGGCGGAGUCUUGCCCAAUAUCCAGGCUGUGCUGCUGCCCAAGAAGACUGAAAGUCACCACAAGGCCAAGGGCAAGUAAAGUCUUGGCUUUUAGAAACCUAACUACAAAGGCUCUUUUCAGAGCCACCCACUGUUUUCAGUGAGAGAGCUGUCAUACUUUACGAUGUCCACGGAAAUAAUUGUGUUUUUAAGGCGAAAUGUCAACUAGUAAGUUACACGAGGAAUAUUUGGCCCCCAUAAAAAUUCAGAAAAGUAGCUGUUAGGGAGGAAAGCCAUAUCGGGAGUCUACGGUAAAUGCGGCUACGGCGCUGACCGGGUUAAGUGUGUAAGUGACUCAGCGUCUAAUCACGCAGAAGGGGCACCGCCAGCCUUGGUUCCAAGCGGUGAGUUUUGUAAACUUCACAAGUCAUAAAGCUUCACAUUUUAGCGAAUGAGGAAAGGAUAAUAGUGAAAGGCCCUGGAUUCUUAAAAGUUAAAUUCAACGUUUUAUGCUGAAGAUGUGAAGAAACACCCACAUCCUCUCCAUCCCGAUUCAACGUUUUCUAAAUGCGUUACACAUUUGCUGAAGCGAUUGAGGGCAAGUCAACAGAUCCUUUUCACUUCGCUCUUGUAAGUCAAGAGCAUUUUCCUAAUUGUUCACAAUAUUCAUGCCACACCCAAGAAAAUAACUGGAUAUCAUUUUAGAUGCAGCCGAUAUAUAAAUUUUCCUAAACCCCUCCAAAAUGAUGGUUAC